UUCCUUCUCUCUCUCUCCGAGACUGAGUUGGUAUCACCGAGUUCGGCAACCCGGAAACAUGGGCUCAUUGGAAACUCUGGUCGCCCAAAUUCAAGGUCUGUCGAGCAGCGCCGGAGAUAUCUCACGCCUCCACGUCAUUCUGAAGCAAGCGGAGGACUCGCUCCGCUCCGAGUCGACUCGGUUGUCUCCGAUUCUCAGCCAGCUCGACCCCUCCAUACACUCUCUCGGAUACCUCUACAUCCUAGAAGCUUGCACAUCUGUCCCAAUCUCGAAAGAGCAAGCCGCUACACUGGUUCCCUACGUUGCCAGAUUUAUUAGUUUUUGUGUUCCGGAGCAGAUUCGUUUGGCACCCGAUAAAUUUAUAUCUGUUUGUAAGAGGUUCAAGGAACAAGUUGUGCUGCUUGACGCACCAAUUCGGGGGGUUGCUCCGAUGUUGGCAGCUGUUCAGAAACUUCAGAGUUCGUCAGAACAUUUGACUAGUUUGCAUCCUGAGUUUCUUCUUCUUUGUUUGUUGGCAAAGUGCUACAAAACCGGCAUGUCCAUUUUGGAGGAUGAUAUAUUUGAAGUUGAUCAGCCAAGGGACUUUUUCCUCUACUGUUAUUAUGGUGGGAUGAUAUGCAUUGGACAAAAACGUUUUCGGAAAGCACUGGAGCUUCUACACAAUGCUGUUACUGCUCCAAUGUCCAAUAUAAAUGCUAUAGCUAUUGAAGCGUACAAAAAAUACAUAAUGGUUUCUCUCAUUCACCAUGGACAGUUCUCUACAAGUCUUCCCAAGUACACUUCUUCAGCCGCUCAGAGACAUCUAAAGAACUUCUGUCAGCCCUACAUUGACCUUGCAGUUAGUUAUAGCACUGGGAAAAUUGCAGAACUAGAGGCAUGCAUCCAGACAAACAGGGAGCAUUUUGAAAGUGACAACAACUUUGGGCUGGUGAAGCAGGUUGUAUCAUCUAUGUAUAAGCGAAAUAUCCAGAGAUUGACUCAGACAUACCUGACCCUCUCCCUCCAAGAUAUUGCCAAUACAGUACAACUGAAUAGCCCUAAGGAGGCAGAAAUGCAUGUCCUGCAAAUGAUCCAAGAUGGUGAGAUAUUUGCAACAAUCAACCAGAAGGAUGGAAUGGUUAGAUUCCUAGAGGAUCCUGAACAAUAUAAGACCUGUGAGAUGAUUGAGCAUAUCGAUUCAUCUAUCCAGAGGAUAAUGGCACUCUCAAGGAAGCUGACUGCUAUAGAUGAACAGAUCUCAUGUGAUCCUUUAUACCUAGCAAAGGCUGGGAGAGAAAGACAGAGAUUUGACUUCGAUGACUUUGAUACUGUUCCUCAGAAAUUUAACAUAUGAAGUAUAAGCUCGACUAACCACCAUGAAGUGGUUCAUGAUUAUGAGAAUGAUGCUACACCCCCAAUUAAUUUGCUCUAGCGGCUCUUCAUUGUUCAAAGGGAUGCAAAUUUUCUUUUGUAGCCCAAAUGAGGGAAAAUGGAUACAUGUGAUUAAAACCUUGUUUAAUUGUUAUUUAAUUGUGAGGAUUUUUUUAUAUUGAAGUAUCUUGUCAAUUA